AUGGCCAAGCGGAAGCGCAGCAGCUCGACAUUGUUAGGAACACCUGAAAGCGGACGAGACAAGAGGCGUCGUGAAGAAGUGAAGACGACGCCACAUCCUCACGGCAACGUCGACCCCGAGCGACUGUAUAAAGUCCGGGCUAUCCUCCAGGAGACUGAAGACCAGUACGAAAUCGAUUGGGCUGACGACGAGGUCACUGGUGAAUCUUACGAGCCGACCUGGGAGCCUAAGAAGAACGCGAAUCGACUUGCUGUUGAGGAGUGGGAGGCUAGGAAGGAGGCACUGAAACAAAUCGAAGAACCUCCUGCUGCUACUGCUGCUGCUACUCCUGCGCCCGUGAAGCGUGGACGAGGUAGACCGAGGAAGUAUCCUGUUCAGCCUGUUGAGUCUGCAGCGAAACGACCACGAGGCAGGCCACCCAAAAACAGGCCUGUCCCUGAGACUUCUUUGUCUGACACCGAAGCCGCUACUCCAUCCUUUGCAAAGCCACCACCGGCGAGAAACAGGAAAGUCAUCGAAAGCUCGUCGCCAGAGCAGGGUCAACAAUCGGACUUCUCACCUCGGCCUGAACCUGCGCCGUCUAGCAGUGCCAACGACCCCGGAACAGAACUCGAAAUUGAGGAGAGCGAUACAGAGGGUGCCCUCACAGUCGACGACGGUGACAAUCCUUCGCAGUUAUCGCUUACCCGAUUCGAAGGGGAGCAAGUCCAAGUGCAACUCGGCAACCCACCUUCUAGCUUCGACGCCGGAGCAUACGAGAAGCUAAGUCCUCAGACAAGUCCUGUGUCCAACACCCAGCGAUCUCCGAACGUGGUGCCCGGUGUUGAGAGCCAAGAUCCGGUGCCUCCGACUCAAAGCCAAGUAACUUCGACAGAGACCGGCAACGGCACGAGCUUGGUCAUUCCCGACUCGCAAAGCCAGCUGUUGUACGAAGAGUCUUCGAGUUUCAAGGGCUUUUCGACAGUAUCGGGCUCGAGACGUCAUAGUACUGCGCAGAGCGAAGCUGUAUCAGCCGUUAGACAAUCGCCUAUCGCAGCGUCCAAAACGCAGAUUGCGUCGAGUGCCUUCAAGAAAUCUACUUUGAACUCUGCAGCUGCUAGUCAGGUGUUUCCAGGAGCUGAUACGACUACUGGUCGUGCAGAAUUAGAAGGAGCUGCAAAUACCACACCAGAACAUACGGACUGUAAUCAGGAUAACAGCACUUCUCAACAGCGCUCAUCUUUGGUUGAGGGGCGAAUUGGUUUUGGGCCUACUCAUCAGGAACAAGAACAGGCGUCGUCCGGCGCACUCCAGGACGACGAUACCGUCGAAGCUGAUUCCCAACUUAGGCGUGAGUUACGCAACAGCUCUGCGCACGGCAGACCCGAAGGAGCGGUAACUUCUGGUCACCAACCGUUGUAUCCCCAAAAGCCAGCAUCAAAUUCUGGUUCGGUACCUGAAGCUAGUCAGCACGAAAGCUUGCAGCACAAUACUCAAGGCAGAUCCCCCAGACAUUCUAAGCACCCGACGCAGCUUGACCAGAGUAGAAUCUCAACACCAGCGAAUACUCAGACGAAUCAAAGCGUUGUCGACGGAGAGGACGCACAGCGACCUAUCAUCGUCAGCUCGAACGAGGACCAGGAGCAGUCUCCAUACUCAAGUCUCGGGCCUUCUUUCACGCUGCAGAGUCGGUCGUCACAUUACAGGCCUCCUCCGGCUGGCCAGAAGCCGCCUCCAUCUUCUGCAACCCAUCCCAGAAGUUCUCUCGCGAACGAGUCGCCUGCUAACGCAGCAAACUCGACGAGCGUCUCCCACUCUCUGCCGUCUGCACCCCGUGAAAGCGAGUCGCAGUCCCAAGAGCAGCCAUCAGAGCGGAGGCAAGAUCCCUCGACUCAGUACUCUUCUCCUUUUCAGACUCAAAUCCGACCUCCUCUCGAAAGCUUGAGCACGAACCGGGUUGGGAGGAGUAAAGCAGACACCACAGCAUCUGCACAAAAGUCACAUUCCCAGCCUAGCCCUCGACAAACACUAGACUACAGCCAAUUUCCACUGGUUCCGUCGCAGUCCUUGGGUUUUCUCGGCGAAAGCGCCCCGCCGCAGCUCGAUACACCUGAAGACAUGGCGAAGACACCGUCACCGAAGGAGACGCUCCUACAAAUACAGAACAACGGCCAACCCGCUUCAUCGCUGCCACCGUUGAUCAGCGCUGAAGUAACAGCAGCACAGCGAACAGCGCGCCUUUCUCUUCCACCGGAGGGUGGGCGAUCGCCUUCGAUGAUUCCUGCGAUGGAGCCGUCUCCCGAAGUCACAAAAGAGGAGAUGAAUACCUCAGAGAGGUACGAGACCCUUCUUCCGCAGGCCCAGGGCAGCAACUCUGGAAACGAGACCCACAACACAAACGGCGAAAGCACCUCUCGACCAUUACAAGAGCCAGAGGCAGACCCUGAGAUUGCCAAUGUACACGAUGUGCCUGUUGGACUCUUUGGCAUUCAGCGAGAUUCUUACCUGCAAAACCUCUGGCUACACGACGACAUGAUCAAGAAGUUCCUGCAGGAACGAGAUCCGAGUGAAAGUCUUCUCAAGCAAGCAGAUGGUCUCUUCGAUCGAUUGCGGUGCAUAGUCAUGCACCCAGAUCUGGUCAAUCCCGAGGCGUUGUCUCAACUUUCCACGCCAGAGCGCCAGGCCCAGUGGGACUGUGAUUCCAGCGCUAAAUUUCGCUUCCUACGAGAGUUCAUCAACAAUCAAUCCGAUCGCAGCUUCCACAUCGCUAUCGUUGUGCGCGGCCAGAAAGUUGCGGACAUGCUGGAGAUGCUCCUGAAAGGCAGUCAUGUCUCGUUUAAGAAGAGCUACCCUCCCACAAACGAGGAAUUGCCGGAGCAGGAGUCGUCAGAGCAUGAAGAGCCUUCAGUCAAAAGUGCUGUGAGAGCCACCAUUGUGGAUCUGGACCAGGAAGCACUCGACAUUGAACCUGCUGAUAUCGUCAUCGCUAUGGAUGGACUGGUUCAAUAUCAACAUCCGACAGUUCGAGCUUAUAGGCAACACAAGAGACAUGAAAGCAUGAGCUGGGCUAACGACUGGGCUGGUCUUUAUAUCCUUGUCGCUCCUCGCACCAUCGAGCACAUCGAACGAUCUCUACUUCCCGGCUUGACUGGCAAAGCUCGUACCCGAACACUGCUAACAGCGAUCAACCAGUUUCACGACCACUUCUCCAAGAAAGGAGAUGGUAAGGGACAACUGCCCUCGUUGAAGCAGGCUGCUCAGGACGUUGUCGACUAUCUGGAGGACCCUGAGGCUGAAUGGCCUCUCGAGCCUCUUAGUGUCAUCGAAAAUCUGGACAGUCAAACUGACACUGACGGGGUUUCCGGCCUUGACCAGCAAUCGUCAAGUGCACAGGAGAGCAACAGCGUCAAGAGACCGCUCGACAGUGCCGAUGACGCAACGUCUUCCGGCGAUGUGUCGAAGAGGCCUCGUUUGGAGUCUGAUGCGGACGUGAUGCCUGCUACUAUCAACCCUCAGGAUGUCGAGAUCACUCAUGUGAGUGACUCGCUCGGUCACGGAACGCAGUCGAAUCUUUUGCCCGUCAGUGAAUUGUACGCGUCCGGCGAAGCGAGCACAGCGGAACAACAUUUACAUCAGGUUUUUGAAGAGCAACAAAAUCGGCUCGAAGGGCAUGUCAAAGCAUUGGAAGACCUUCAGUACCGACAUGAGGAUCAACGUGUCGAGCUGGUCCAGGUGCAGCGCGAGCGAGAUGGUGCCAUUGCCACUGCGUCAGCUGCUGUUGAACGCAUGAGAGUCACUGAGACGAACUCCUCCGCUUUGCGGGCUGAGCGAACAGAGCUGAAAGAGAAGCUGGAGGAGGCUAAUCGAAAGCUCCUCGACCACACUGUUCCGGAGCGGGCUGAGUUCGAGGCACUGCGAGCCGAGAUGGAGCAAGCCAAAGCAGACAGGGACAAGGCAGAGAAGAGGGCCCAGGCUGCACAAAAAGAGCUUGAGUACUCACGGGAAAUGUACCAGGACUGCUCAAGCCGCGCUCGUGAUCUGGCUCUGGAGAAAGCCGAGCUCGAAAAGGAGCUCGUAGUCGCUUCCGCUCGUGCAGAAGGAGAAGCAGCCCGGGCUCGACAGGCCUCACAAGACAUGCGGUACAAGCUAUUUGAACGGGAGAAUGCGAAGCUCAAGGCUGUGCUGCAAGACCGCGAGGCGGGCCUGAAGUUCAGGGAUGAAGAGAUCACGAGGUUGAAGGAGGCGACGAGGGGGCGUAUGGGCACGAGACAGAGUAGUGUUCCCAGGAGUCCGAGAGUUGGAAGUCCGAUCAAGGGGAGGGUGGGUGCUGGGAGUCGGCAGGCUAGUCCGGCUGCUGGGGAUGUGAGGGUUGGGAGAGGAGGACAUCCUUUGAGGAGGUCGGAUUAG